CUUGCUUAAGUUGUAUAGCUGCUCCAAUUCUCAUACUUUAAUGAUAUCCAAGGUAUUUUACCCACAAUUUCAACGACCAAUACUGCUAAAAUCCACCAGAAGUUGUGCAAUGCAGAUGCAAUUCCAAUCAUUAAAAUAAAAAUCCUAAAAUGCAAUACUUCCCACAAAGAACUUGAAUGCAUUUCCAAUUUAAAUUCUAGGAGCAAUCAAACCAAUUUAAGUAUAGGAGAAAUCGAUACAACACGAAUCGCAAACGGAGUCAUUUCGUUUCCAAUUUUUGUUUUCUAUAUUCAUAGGGAAAAUAAAUGCUGAAAAUUAUUUAGUUCUAUUUUAUAUGUUGUUGCAAUAGGAGCAUGGUAACACAACAUGAAUUAAUUGAAUUGAGUGAACUCACUUUAAAUAAUUGCUUUAUUGUUUUCAAAAGAUGUUUCUUGUGAGAUCCACUUUUCGCAUAUUUUCCUCUCUAUUUUUGGCUUUUUGCAUAACUCAUCCCUAAAACCUUAUUGCCAAUAUUAAUUUCAUAUCUCUCUCCCUCCCUAAUUUCUCAUAACUUGUUAUGUCACACUAUUCCUCCUACUACUUCUUAUUUUUGUCUUAGUUUCAACAUUGAUACUAAACGAGGCGUAAAGAAGUAACAAAUCGAAUUUUUGUUUUUGGUUGUCAACUUCCAUGAUUUCUUAUAAUUACCAACUAGACAUGUUUCUAUUUUCUAUUUUCAUGUUGUUGUACCUCUAUUAUCACAACCCUACUGCAACCACAAUAGCAACAAAGUUGCACUAAAUGAGGCCUUAACUUCAAUAUAUUUAUAGAUUGUGUUGGGGGAUGAGGAAAAAUGACUUAGAGAAUCUACAUCAAUGCAAUUGCAAAGCCAAUUUGUUGUAGAAAAGGAUUUGACAUAAAUGCUAAUAAUGACCUUUUGUUUCAUAUGCACAAGUAUCCAAAUUGAUCUCCCUAUCAGAUAUUAAUGACUACACAGUACACACCCUUUUUAAUUUAACUCUCGAUGACGUGGUAUGGUGAAUUGGCAAACUUUGGGUAGAAUCACAACUUCCAAACAACCUCUAAAUGGAUGCUGACAAAAUAACUAUUUCUUUGAAUUAGUGAAAAACUAAAUAAUCAAUGUGUUAAAUGUCAGAUAUUAAUGACUAGUUUGUCAACGAUCUCAAACUUAAGUGACUAUUUAUGUAAUUGACCCCUAGAGAAAUAGGACAAAAACGUUACCGAACUGGACGAGUAAGUAGAUGCGGAAGUUGAGCCCACGAACUGGCAUUCGAUGAAAACAUAGCGAAUCCAUUGGUGUCGCUUCCCAAACUUUCCCACCCAACGAACACUGAACCUCGUCUUCUCCGCCCCCCUUUCAUUUCUCCUCCCUUCUUCUUCUUCUCCGCUGCUCCCACACGAAUUCACGCCAUUCAUUUCUUCUCCUUCAACCAAUUUCUCCCUACUCUCUCCUGACAAUGGCGUCCGCUUCCUCUUCGCUCCUCUCCAAGGUCCCUACAUCUUCGGCCAACACCAUCUCCUUCUCCGCCUCCCUUUCACCAGCCCUCCCGCUCUUCCCUUCCCAGUUUCACCUCCGCCGCCACCGGAAAACCGGCAAUGCGCUUAGGGUUCAGUCCAAGAUCCGGGAGAUCUUCAUGCCGGCGCUCAGCUCCACCAUGACCGAGGGCAAGAUCGUGUCUUGGAUUAAAUCCGAGGGCGACCUUCUCUCCAAGGGCGAGAGCGUCGUCGUCGUCGAGUCCGAUAAGGCCGAUAUGGACGUCGAGACAUUCUACGACGGCAUUCUCGCCGCAAUUGUCGUUCCGGAGGGCGAGUCUGCUCCCGUGGGAGCCCCGAUUGGACUCUUAGCCGAGACUGAAGAAGAAAUCGCUGAAGCGAAAGCCAAAGCUGCUAGCGCCGGUGGCUCUUCUCCUGCUCCUGCUCCCGCUGCAGCUGCAGCUGCUCCAGCUGUUUCCCCGAGUCCUCCUGCCACUGCUGCUUCGGCUCCUCCGCCGCCGCCGCGUCCCGCAGACGGGCCGAGGAAGACGGUGGCGACGCCUUCUGCUAAGAAAUUGGCUAAGCAGCACAAGGUGGAUAUUAGUAAGGUGGUUGGGACAGGGCCAUUCGGUAGGGUAACGCCAGGAGACAUUGAAGCUGCCGCCGGGAUCGUGUCUACAAAGCCGAAUGUGGCAGCCCCGGCCGUGGCGGCACAGUCUGCUCCAGUUGCUGCUCCUAAAGUUGCAUCCGCUCCUUCAACCCCUGCAUUGCCAGGUUCUACAGUUGUACCCUUUACAACUAUGCAAUCCGCGGUAUCUAAGAACAUGCUGGAGAGUCUUUCCGUGCCCAGUUUCCGAGUCGGGUAUCCGAUCACGACGGAUGCUCUUGAUGCCCUCUAUGAGAAGGUGAAACCGAAGGGCGUGACAAUGACUGCGCUGUUGGCAAAGGCUGCCGCAAUGGCACUUGCUCAGCACCCUGUUGUUAAUGCCAGCUGCAAAGACGGAAAGAGUUUUACUUACAACAGUAACAUCAACAUUGCUGUGGCAGUUGCAAUCAAUGGCGGGUUGAUAACUCCUGUUCUUCAGGAUGCUGAUAAGCUAGACCUUUAUCUACUGUCCCAAAAAUGGAGAGAGCUUGUGGAGAAGGCCAGAGCUAAGCAGCUUCAGCCCAAUGAGUACAAUUCAGGGACUUUCACUCUAUCCAAUUUGGGAAUGUUUGGAGUGGAUAGAUUUGAUGCCAUUCUUCCCCCUGGCCAAGGUGCUAUCAUGGCUGUUGGAGCCUCAAAGCCUACUGUAAUCGCUGAUAAGGAUGGGUUCUUCAGUGUGAAAAACAAAAUGCUGGUGAAUGUAACAGCUGAUCAUCGGAUCGUGUACGGUGCUGACUUAGCUGCCUUCCUCCAGACAUUCUCAAAGAUCAUUGAGAACCCUGAAAGCCUCACUAUGUAGACAAGCCCUAGCUGUUACGAGCCGAUAGAUUUCAAUUAAUUCAAUCACCUGGCGAGAUAGAGUAUCUAUUCGAUUUGGAUUGCUGUAAGCCUGUUGAAACCUGCUUCUUUCUUUCCAUCUUUUCACUGCCCAGUUUUUACUAAUUGUAAUAUCGUCAUUCAUUUUGUUUCUGAGCUGAAAAGGGUGUCUUAUACGCUCUCGGCUGUUGUGUUAAAGAUGACAAUAAAAAUGAUCUUGAGAG